AUGGAAUUAUUACAAGAAUUGGCUGAAGGGGGUUUUAUAGAAGAAUGCUUAAAUAUCUUCAUAGAAUUUUGUAAUGAUACAAAAUAUAAAAAAUAUAUUGAGCCUAAUGUACCCCUAUCGAUGUUGGAGCGCGGUGCAGAACUAGAAGUUCGUGCUCAGAAAAGCGGCGAAUUUCAUUUUUCACCUUCCCUGCCAUUUCAAAAGUGUCCACCAACUUCAGCUCUAAUUGCAUCGUUAGCUGACGUCGUGCACAACAUCACUACGUACAAGAACGCACCGGUGCAAGCGUGGAACGAUCAAGGCCUUUAUAGGGUAUUGUUCAAAUGUGUAUUUUGGUCUCAAGGACCGUUAUCUGAGGUGUAUCGCGUUCGCACGUCGACGUGUCGUGCUCUCGCCGUAGCAUCAAUGAGAAAGUGCGUGCGGACAUCUCUCGCGGGAACCAAAGAUUGUCUCUACAAUUUGCUUGUCAUGCUCACGCCCUUUGAAAAAGAGGAAAGUGAUCUAGAAUGUAUCUCAGCGCGUUCGCAAGCAUUGUACUUGCUAGCUUUGUUGCUACCAGAGCGCGCCGCCAGUGAUGCUGUGUGGUGGGAAUUGAAGAAAAAUCGUUUGAUGUUAUUCGAUUUACUGCUUCAAGCAUUAAAAAGUGAAUAUAAUGAAUUACAAGAAUCAUCAUUGCAUUGUAUUACACAACUGGCCAGAUCUCUAUUGGCUAAAAAACAGAAAUGCAAUGACUCAUCAAAACAUCAAUCAGAUAUAGAGUAUUUUGAUAACUUACCAUCAUCAUAUUCAAAAUCAGACUCGCUAAGCGCAGGGGACAGUGCGAGGGAGGACUGUCAGCCUGAAUAUAUGGUUGAAGAAAUCUGCAAGGUUCUGAUCAAAAUCUAUCAGGAAUGCUCCGAAAAAGAUAUAUCUUGUGCUAGUCAAGACGCCAGGUGGACGACAGUGUGCACGUGCCUGUGCGGCGUGCUGGCGGCCAGCGCGCGCGCGCGGCUCUACAGCGUGCACCGGCGGCUGCCGCGCGCCACGCUGCGCGCGCUGCACGCGCUGCGCGACGCGCUCUCCUUGCACGCCAAACCCGCAGACGUCAUCAGAAAUGCAGACCAUGAACCAAUGUUGAUUACUUUAAAUUGGGUUUUGACACUCAUCUCCUGCCUCAUGUACGAGUGCCCGCCGGCCAAGGAGCAUAUAGCUGAGGACAUCGCGCCCUCCCUCACGCGGCUGUGGCCCUGGUGCAUGAUGAAUGAACGAUUAAGAGAUACUCUUAUGAAUCUACUUGUUACAUUCACUAAUGAUUGCCCUAAAGCAUGGGCAGCCAUGUGCAGCUGCACGGGCGCGCGCAGCCUGGUGGGCGAGCUGUGCGCGCUGGCGGGCCGCGAGGCCGCGCGCCCGCGCCCCGCCGCGCUGCCGCGCGCGCUCACCGCCCUCGCGCACUGCGCGCCGCAUCACCAUUGUAGGGCUAUCAUGCUUAAGAACGACAUACUCUCGUGUAUAUGCAAGCUGCGCGCGCGUGGCGCCAGUGUAGAGGGUGGUGCGGGCGCGGCGUGGGCGCGGCUGUGCGCGGCGGCGGGCGCACACGCGGACGGCGCGGCGGCGCUGCUGGCGCUGCUGGGCGCGCCUGCGCUGCGCCCCGCGCCCGUCGCGCUGCUGCCCGCGCUGGCGCACGCCGCGCACCACCAUCGCCAAGCCUUCCUGCAGUCGCCGGAUCUACUGGAUUUUUUAUCGAGUUUUCUUCUAACGGGAAAUACAAAGGAGGUGGUGCUAGCGGCGCGAGCGGUGUGGGCGCUGGCGGCUAACAAUCAUAGGGCAAAGCUAGUGUGCCGCAGCGCGGGCCUAGUGUCGGCGUUGGCGGCGGCGCGCCGGCGCCUGCAGGCCGCGCGCGCCGGCGACGCGGCCCGCGCGCUGGAGCUCCUCACCUACACUCACACCAUUCUACAGGCGACC